UUUUGUUUUUCAGGCAGGUUUUAUUCUCUCUGAUUUGCGUGGUUGGGACGAUGUUUUUAGCACAGCAACAAUGUUAAAGUUAAGUUCGUUUGCUCUCCUUCCUCUCUGUUAUGCAAUGUUUGUAAGGAAAAAACGAUUACAACAUGUAAACAACAACGCAUUAAAAAGUAUAAAAUGUUUGUCUAUUCCUAGAAAACACAACAACAAACUUUUUUCUUUUUCUACAACUAAAACAACAAUAUUUCCUCACAACAACAACACUAAAAACAUUGAAAGCUCAACAGAAAUGUUUUGUUCAGAAUUUGAACAUGUUGUGUUAAGUAAUGACGAGAAUUCAACAUCUUCCUACUCAACAAACAACUAA